AUGACGCUCUCGCCGAAGUCUUUGGCUGGUCCUGGCUACAUCAUACUCAAUGGCAUUCGCGUCAUGAACAUCAUCGGCCUUCUGGCUGUGGUCACUGCGAGCGUCCUGAUGCUGGUCAAGACAUCGACAGAAUCAAAGUUCUUCUUCUUCGAUGCAGUCAGCCAUGUGCUCACGGCGAUCACUGGCAUGUUCCUCCUCGUAUCAGAGUUCUCGUUCUUCCGCUCCUUCUUCGCACGCAACUGGCCUCUGCUCAGUCCCGCCCACGGCUUCGUUACUCUUGGCCUGGCGAUGAUCGUGCUUGGCGUCAACAUGCUGGGCAACCUCAACAAACCAGCAACAAGUCGGGAGUCACUUGGCCUGGCGUUCUGGCGUAUCGUCAUCGGCUCCGGCAUUGUAAUUUUCAUCCUCGGACACGUUAAUCUGGUGGCAAGCUACGUCUUCCGCGACCGCAGCCAAGGCAUCACAGCGCGCCAGGUCCGCGCCAAGGGAGCAGUGGCGAUCCAUCAAACGCCGAUGCCCAACAAUGGCACACCUUCGGCGCCUGAGCUUGCUCAAUCAUAUCUGCCAAACCCGAUCACACCAUCAAAGACCGGCAAUCCAUUCCAAUUCUUCACCUCAGAACGUCGCCAGUCACUUCUACCAUCCUACCACAGCAACUCCACCGUGUCCUCGCCCAUCAAGGAGGCCAUCAGCCCAACAAGCAAGUACUCACGCACCACGAACUGCUCAAAGAAGGUCCUUUCCUUCAUGGGCCGCAACAGACAGAGCGUGGGUCCAAAGCUGCCGGUGCACGUGCAGGAGCGCGAAGUCGAGAUUUCGGCGCCGAUGGGAGUGAACCCACAGUUUGCGCAUCUGGUGCAAAGACCUGAUAGUGCUAUGCACCCCAGCAGGACAGGCGAGAGUCAGGCUUUCCGGUGGAGGCCGGUGGCGUAA